UCUUGAGGGAGAAACAAAAUAAAGUUUCGGGUAUAAAAGUUGUUUGCAUAUACGAUCAAUUCUACAGUUCACUUCAGACUGAGUACCUAAUUGGAAGUUUAGCUCUAUAAGUCUAUAGUCCAUUCUUUUUUUAAUUUAUACAAAAUGUUUUCAAAAUUGGCUUUUGUGGCAUUAAUCUCGGUUGUGGUGGCAGCUCCUCAACAACAUCACACAGCAGGUCAAUUCCCAGCUGGUGUGGACCCUUCAAAAUGUCCCAAUUUUCCAAUCUGUGAUAAUGCAGCCCUCCAUGGCCAACAACCUAGUUCUGCUCCAUCGUGGAAUCAGCAGCAACCAUCACAAUCACAAUGGAAUCAACCUCAACAACACCAGCAGCAACAGCAGCAGCAGUGGAAUCCACAACCUGAACCACAAUGGAAUCAACCAAAGUCACAACAAUGGAAUCAACCUCAACCACAACAGUGGAACCAACCCCAACCUCAGCAAUGGAAUCAACAACCUCAGCAACAACCUCAACAAUCAUGGAACUCGGCUCCAUAUCAGGCUCCAUCAAACCACCUUCAGAAUGGCCAAGAUUCCAGUGAAAACGAUAUCAAUGGUCCCGGUGGUGACAAAUACCCAGCUGGAGUGAACCCAAAAAGCUGUCCCAACUACCCAUACUGUGAUGUUCCUUAUGACAGUCCGGCUGCUGCUGCUCCAGCGCCCCAAGGUAAUCAAGGUUACAAUGAUCGGCAAUCACAAUACCCAGCUGGAGUUUCACCGCAUUCCUGUCCUAACUUCCCAUACUGCAGUUAAGAAUCAAAGAAUCUAAUAUAAUUUUUUUUUAAGUCCUCACAGUCAUGUAAAAGCCAAUGGUCUCCAUUGUUGAGAAGUAAUAAAUGAAACAAUAUUUAAUAAU